AUGUCUGGGGUCUACGAUGAGCGCCCCCGCGCCGCCCGUCAAACAGACGAGUCGCGUCGACAUCGCGACAAGCGGUCCCGCUCACCAGAGCGCAAGCAAAGGCGGCGGUUGUCAGAUGUCGAGCCCCAGGGAAAAGGUACGAGAGAGCAUGGUUCAGAAGAAAAUCCAUCAUCACAGCGACUGCGCUCGCCGCACAGACACCAUACGCAUCGCCGACGCAGAGAGCGUGACUCGCCGGCGGUGCCGCCCGCGACGCUACCGUUUGAUGCGCGGCCGCUGACCAAGAGUGACCUGCGCCGGUUUGAGCCCCUGCUGGCGCAUUAUUUGGACCUUCAGAAGCAGAAAUACAUCGAGGACAUGGACGACCGCGAGAUCAGGGGCCGCUGGAAAAGCUUCGUUGGCAAGUGGAACAGGGGCGAGCUGGCCGAGGGCUGGUACGACCCGGACAUGUUUCAGAGAAUCGUGGCAUCGCAUCAAGAAGAGGAGGCGGAGAACCAGGCUCGUGAUGAGCCACCGAGGCAGAAUAGACGAGAUUCAUCGGCGGAAGGGCAUCGACAAGGCGCUGCUCACGCCGACGACCAGGACGACUCUGACUACGGCCCGGCGCUGCCCUCGUCGUCGUCGGCCCGUGCCAGUCGACGCGUGGGCGUGACCAUUCCCUCCAUUGACGACCUCGCGCUGCGAGACGAGCGACGCGCCGAAGACCGCUCCGCCGCCAUCGCCGACCUGCGCGCCGAGCGGCGCGCCGAGCGCACGCUGGAAAAGGAGCGUCUGGAGGAGCUUGCGCCGCGCGCAGAGCCCGGCACGCGGGAGCGACGACUCGAAAAGAAGCGCGCUCUCGGCGACAAGAUGCGUGGGUUCCGCGAGGGCAGCCCCGGCGGGUCCAUGGCGGCUGCGACGGACAGCGAGCUGAUGGGCGGCGGCGGCGGGCGGGACGGAGACUCGCUAGCAGAGUUGAAGCAGCAAAAGGCAGAGGCGCAGCAGCGCAAGUCGGAGCGCGAGAUGCGGCGCGAGGAGCUGCAGAGGGCGAAGCAGGCAGAGAUGGAGGAGCGGAGGCGCAGGUACGAGGAGAGGGAGAAGGGGACGAUGAGUAUGCUUCAGGAGCUGGCGAGGCAGCGGUUCGGAGCCGGGAGCUGA